AAAUUCUAUGAGUAUAAACAGUAUAAGAAAGGGUUGAAAGCUGCUGAUCAAAUAUUGAAAAAAUUUCCUGAACAUGGGGAGACAUUGGCUAUGAAAGGAUUGUUUCUUAACCAUAUGGAUAGGAAGGAAGAAGCUCAUGAUUUCGUACGCAAAGGGCUUAGGUUUGAUCUGAAGAGCCAUAUUUGUUGGCACGUAUAUGGAUUGUUACAUCGAUCCGAUAAAAACUACGGUGAAGCUUUAAAGUGCUAUAAUCAAGCAUUAAAAUUUGAUAAGGAUAAUAUGCAAAUCCUUCAAGAUUAUUCCUUGCUCCAAAUUCAAAUGCGAAAUUAUGAGGCUUUUAAUGAAUCAAGACUUCGUCUUUUGAAUUUAAGACAUAAUAAUCAAAGAUAUUGGAUUGGACUUGCUAUAUCUUAUCAUCUGCUAGAAAAUUAUGAAAUAGCCGAAAAAGUAUUGAAAGCUUACGUGGAUACUUUAAAGGAAAAACCAGGUCCUAUGAAUUUUGAACACAGCGAGAUGCUGCUAUAUCAUAAUCUUAUAAUAGAAGAAAGUGGCAAGUUUGAUAAAGCUUUGGAGCACUUAGAAUCCAUUGAAAAUGAUAUUUGUGAUCGUCGCUCAUGGAAAGAAAAGAGAGCCUUCUUUCUGCUGAAACUUGAAAGAUAUCAGGAAGCAAAGAUAGCUUAUGAAGACUUGAUUGCUGACAAUCCCGAUUGUUAUGAUUAUUAUAAUGGCUUGUUAUUAGCUUCCCAAAUAAAUACCAAUGAGUUGUCCUCUGAACAACGCGAAAAAGUUAUUGAAAUUUGUCAAGAAAUGGCAACAAAAUAUCCAAAGUCAAAUCUUUUAAAGCUACUUCCUAUAGAACAUACAGCUGAUGAAAGAUUUAAAGUAGAAGUAGAUAAAUAUAUGCAAGCAGCUCUUAGAAAAGGUGUCCCUUCAUUAUUUGUUAAUCUUAAAAAACUUUAUGCUGAUCCGAUAAAGGAGGAUACAAUUGAGAAAUUGGUUGAAGAAUAUCUCCAAAAUCUAAAGACGUGUAACACUUUCACCAAAAGUUCGGAUGCUGGUGACGAAAUUGAAGAACCUACAGCGUAUCUCUGGACUCUCUAUUUGUUGGCUCAACAUUACGAUAACAAACGUGAUACUACAAGGGCUCUCAAGUUGAUCGAUGAAGCAAUCGAACACACACCAACUUUAGUAGAAUUAUAUAUGACAAAGGGCCGUAUACUCAAGCAUGGGGGAGACCUUAAUAAUGCCAUGAAAGUUAUGGACGAAGCCCGAGAGUUGGAUCUUCAAGAUAGGUUCAUCAAUUCGAAAUGCACAAAGUAUAUGCUUCGGAAUAAUCAACCAGAAGAAGCUCUAAAAACAAUUGGAUUAUUUACUAGAGGCGACGCUCCUGAUCCAUUAACGGAUCUUAUAGACAUGCAGUGUAUGUGGUAUGCACUCGAGGAAGGGGAGUGUUAUAGGAGGCAGAAUAAUUUAGGCAAAGCUCUUAAACGUUUUCAUCAAAUCGACAAGCAUUUUGCAGAUAUAACGGAUGAUCAAUUCGAUUUUCAUACAUAUUGUCUACGCAAAGUUACUCUUAGAGCAUACUUGAGCAUGUUACGACUUGAAGAUCAGCUACGUUCACACCCCUAUUAUUUCCGUGCCGCGAAAAAUGCCAUAGAGAUCUAUCUUUAUCUAAAAGACAAUCCAAAAUCAGCCAAUGGUGAAGAAAGUCAAAAUUAUGAAAAUAUGACAGAAGAAGAGAUUAAGGCUGCCAAGAAAGCCAAAAGUAAAGCCAAAAAAGCUGCGCUUAAGGAGGCAAAAAAAGCUUCUCCGGCAAAAGAGGAUCAAUCGAAAAAGAAAGUACAAGAUGAUGACCCGGAAGGCGAAAAAUUUCUGAAGGUAGAAGAUCCUUUAGGGGAAGCAUUCAAGUUCCUUCAACCUUUGCAAAUAUUGGCUUCGAAAAGAAUAGAAACACAUUUAUUAGGAUUUGAAUAUUACAUUCAAAAAAAAAAGUAUUUACUCGCUCUUAGGGCUCUAAAACGAGCAUAUAAUAUUGAUAAAGAAAAUCCAGAAUUACAUGUAAAUAUAAUACGAUUCAAGUUUGAAGAAGAAAACGAAAAAAGAGAACCGUUACGUGAUUCUACUGAAUAUCAAACAAUUUUUAAAGUUGUUAAUACAGUAUUACCAACCAUACUUCCCGAUAAUACUUCCUUAGAAGUAUAUACUGAGGAAUUUUUAGCAAGGAAUAAAGGGUCCAUGUCACAUUUAUUAGCUGGCUCUAAUGCAUUAUUGCAAAUAAAUCCUGAUAAUAAACAAGAAGUCACAAAUUUAUUGAUGAACUCUAUUAAGGAUGAAUUUUUGAGUACGAGAACACUAAAGGUAAUUAUUCAAGUAAUAUGUAUGUAUUUCUCUUUUUCGAUUCGACUAUUUACAAUUUAUUUAAUUUUAUGA